AUGGCAGCAGGUGAGGUUCAAAAGCAUUUGCAUUAUUUGGACGCUUUCCUCGCCCAGGGGUUUCAGACCCUGCAGCAUUUGGAUAAACUGCGGGUGCAGCUACAAGGAACAGAGACUACCGGAUUGGUCGGUCUUGGGCCAGAAAAGGCAGGCAGGCUAUUGGCAGCAUGUGUAGCUGAGACAUCCCUAUUGAGUGCCCUGUACUGGGUCGUUUGUGCUUCCUCGCUGCUUGGCCGUGACAUGCGAAGUCCUGAAAACCAUGACUCCCUGGAACAAAUCCUCAGUCUGAUUCGCUCAUGCCGGAGGGGUGGCAGUUUCGCCCCACAUCCGCACCACGAGCCAGAUUUACUCUCCACCGUCAGUGCAGUGCAGCUCGCAGUGAUCUGCCGGAGACCAGAGAUCUUGGAAGAUGGUGCUGAUGCCACACGCAGUUACAUUCUUUCUCUGCAGCUGCCAGAUGGAUCGUUUACUUCUCGAAUCGGGUCUGCAGAGGAAGGAGACUGUCGCUUUGUUUUCGCGGCUCUAUGUGGCCUUUCCCUGCUGCCACGUCUGUGCACACAGAAGGGAGGCAUGCUCGAAGAAGUCCUCGAUGUAACGAUGGUAGCUGAGUGGCUGCUGAGCUGCCAAAAUCUCGAUGGGGGUUUUGGCUGCAGGCCCAACGGCGACUGCGAGUCGCACGCGGGUCAUACCUUCUGCUGCCUGGCAGGACUUACACUGUUGCAGAAAGCCUCCAGAGUAACACAUCGGAGCAGGCGACGGUUAAUCCGAUGGCUCGGUAGUCGUCAGUGUGCCGGAGGCGGCUUAAAUGGAAGGCCGGGGAAGCCACCGGAUGCGUGUUACACGUGGUGGACCCUGGCAAGUGCCAAGUUGAUACUGGCCGCAGAAGGCAGCAUGCCUGCCACAACUCUUCCUGAUUUGUUCGAUCUUCCGGCUUUGCAAAACUUCUUGCAGCAGUGUGCAAGCAGUGCUGGGGGAGUGGCCCCCCAUCCUGGUGAUGACCCGGAUCCUUUUCACACGUUCUUCGGAUUAUCAGGUUGGUCUCUGGCUGCCCACGCACAAGCAGAUACGGCCACAACCUGGCUGCAGGAAAUGCAUUCUGCCCUCGUGUUGCCCUUGGGCUUGACGAGCGGUUAG